GAAGAAAACAAACGCAAUCUCGACAAUGCCGCUGCCGAAUAUUCUGAGGAAGGCGAGCAGUUACAUCCUCGGUGACUGCGGCCAGGAUAACCGACGUGUCAUUUAUCAAGACGGCGAGGCGUUGUUCUGCAAGAACAACGUCUGCGUGCAUCCACCGACGUUGAUGAGGCAGCACGCCGACGUGGUGCACCAUCCCGGCUACAUGACCAUAACUUGCAAGCUGAACAAGAACUCGAACUUGCCGACCCUGCAUCUGAGCUGGAUACCAAACACCACACUGCGCAAACACCCGACCACGCUGGAGAACUUGAGCGUCCGGAAUGCCGCGAUGCACAGGGACGACGACGACUCAACCUCCCCGCGUUUGCAAAUCGGCGAGAAGACGACUCGCGGCGACGCGCUCAACGUUCUAAAUACGCGACACGAGCCCGAGAACGAGAACGAAAACGACAACGGGAACGGAAAGCUGGACGUGUGCCUGGAGGCGAAGGAACCCGUCAACUGCGGCGACUGCGAACGCGUCUGUUCCGGUUCCAGUUACGGCUACGACUUCCUGCGUCGUCGAGACCCGAGCACGGCCGGCGACGGCGAAAGUAUCGAGGCUGAGAAUCGGCCGGAUUCAGAUUCGACGACGGUAACGAGAAACGAGAAGAACGGGGAUCUGAAAGAGCGGAGCGCCAACGAGAACGACGCGAAGAGCGUCGACGAGGAGCCGCGUUUACCGUUUCGUGAUGACGUGAGCGUGAAAAGUCGCAGCCUGUCGUUAACUUCGACGUGUAGUCUGUCGAUUUCGAUGUCCACUGACGCCGAAGAGAUGCCGUCAUGGAUGAGAUCUCCGGAACUCCUAGCUCUGCAGCAUAAUCUCGCUUUUCCCGAGAGCGCGACCGCAUCUCCGGUGACGCUGCGCAGAGCGCAUCGAUGCCGAAGAUUCUCGGUGGAUCUCAGCGAGAUGCGGUCGCUGAGGCUGUUCUUCGCCGAUCCUGCUUGCACCUGCGGCCAGUUGGUGGUGGCGAGCAGAGAGAGCCAGUACAAGAUCCUGCAUUUCCAUCACGGUGGCUUAGAUCGGUUGGCCACUACAUUGCACCAAUGGCAUCAACUGCUUUAUCCGCGCUUGAGCACCGACACAGAGGAAACUUUGCCGUACAGACACUUUAUGGUGUGCAGACCGGAGGUAAGUCGGGACGAGCUGCACCCCGAAGAGGGCCAAGUGCCGAUGAUCACGUCACUAGCUUGGAAAGAUUUGUUGAACGAACGGGGCCAGAUGGAGGACGAUCUCGCGCUUCGCAAGGGGGUAUUUUUCGGCGGCUUGGAACCGGCGUUGCGAAAAAUUGUAUGGCCUUUUUUAUUGCAUUGCUACUCGUAUCAAAGCACGUAUGAAGACAGGGAGCAGAUCGACGCCAUUAGGCGGCAAGAAUACGAGGAGAUACAAAAACGUCGGUUGAGCAUGAAUCCAGAGCAGGCUGAGCGUUUCUGGCGGAAUGUAGUGUGCAUAGUGGAGAAGGAUGUCGUUCGCACGGACAGAGCUAAUCCAUAUUAUGCCGGAGAGGGUAAUGCUAACAUCGAAAUAAUGAAGAAUAUUUUACUUAACUACGCGGUUUACAAUUGCCGCUUGGGCUACACUCAAGGAAUGUCCGAUCUUCUGGCUCCAUUACUGGCCGAAUUAAACUCUGAAAUUGAUGCCUUCUGGUGUUUCGCGGGCCUGAUGCAAAGGUCAGUAGCUGUGUGCACGCCGACCGAUACGGACAUGGACAGAAAUCUGUGCUAUCUUCGGGAAUUAGUAAGGAUAAUGGUACCAGAUUUUUACGCGCAUCUUCAAAAACACGCGGAUGCCUUAGAGCUCUUAUUUUGUCAUCGGUGGAUACUUCUGUGUUUGAAGAGAGAAUUUCCCACCGACAUAGCGUUGGUUAUGUGGGAAGCCUGCUGGGUCAAUUAUUUAACGGAUCAUUUCCAUCUGUUCCUCUGUCUCGCUAUAAUGUGCGUCUAUGCAGACGACGUAAUCGCCCAGGAUCUCCGAACGGACGAAAUGCUGCUGCACUUUAGUUCACUGGCCAUGUACAUGGACGGGAACAUUAUACUUAGAAAGGCACGAGGCCUACUGCAUCAUUUUCGUCAACUUGUACGCUUGCCUUGUACACUGGCCGGGCUGUGCAGACAAUGUGGCCCGGGGAUGUGGGACAGUACGCACGAUCCGGUGAUAGAGUGCGUGGGCCACGAAGACGCGCAUUGUCCCUAUUUAAAUAAUUACGAGUAAUUUUCUAAUUUAUAAGGACGAAGGAGGAGGAUCAGUAUUAUUUAACUCAUUUCAUCGAGUUAUUAGAUUGUAAGUCCUUGUUCUCUCUACACAGAUAUCUUUCUUUAUACUAAACUUCAAUUCGUAGCAUAAGUUUUCUACAAUCAUUAAUAUUUACAAAAUGUACCAAGUUCAACUAGUACACUCUCUCAGCGUUUGUACGCAACACAAGCUCAGUUGUCACAUACGCGACGAUACGUGCGUCUUUGUUCUUAUACAAGCUGCUUUAGCACUUUUUACUGACAAAAAGAAUAUUAAGAGAAUAUCAUAUUAAUCAUGUUACAUCUAUGUUACAUCGCAUCGUUAAUAUCAGUCCAAUUUAAUGCCGAAGCACGAAGACAUAUCUCGAAAUUUAAUCUCCACAAAAAUAAAGUUCACUGUCAGUCGAAAUAGGUUUAAGAGACUAACAAAGUUGUACGAGUACAGAUUCGCGAUAUGAUAGAUAUCUGCAGUAUUCGUAGCGUUAAAGACUGACGAAUGAAGAAAGAGAGUAAUUAGUACAAGCAGUGUUUGAGUACCCCAAGCUGGGAUAGGGAGAUAUCUGCACGUAAAUCUUAUUCCGUAGACAACAACUUACAAUCUGGUAGAACGAGUUCGAUCGUGGGGAACUACAGAGAGAAAUCAAAUUGUAUAAGUACGAAAUGGCUAUUUAUUAUAAAUAUACCUGAAUUGCGUGAGAUAUAGAUUAGCAGUGUGUAUGUUCAUUCCGAAGUGUUCACACACUCAUGUUCAAAGCCGUAUGACGCGUUUUUGCAUAUCAAUAUUUUUCACGUAUGUAAAAUCGUGUCAAAUGUUCUUGCUUAUUUUCACAGCUUAAAAUCCGACACGUCAAAUUUUAUUGUUGGUACGUUAAGCAUAAUUUCUAGCUGAUCACACGACACAUUAUUUAUUGUUACUUACGGAUCUCACAUUUAGAAACAAAAGUUAUUGAGACAAGUUGAUUUUUCAUCAAUUGUUAAAAAAAUUAAUAUUUUAACUUUCAAUGUUUUUUAUUAUUAUGAUCUGUUGUGAGGAAUACAUGUAAAAAUAAAACUAUUUAACCAAGAUUUUUCAGAUACUGUGCCUAUGCAACAAGGGCGAUUUUAACGUAUUCCGCGCUAAUUCACUUAAUCAGGGAGAUAAGAAUCUUAUUGGAAAUGGCUUUUAUCGCUUUAAUUGUGCUAUCUUGCGUCGUUGGAAUCUUGAAGAGAAAUCUAUCUGUGUUAAAAUCUGCCUCUUAUGCAGGUCUCGGUACGAGAUAAAGAUAAGAACACAGGAACAUGUAUGUACAUAUAUCGAAUAAAUCGUCAGAGACUUGUAUAAUCAAU